AUGUUUUCUGGACCGAGUGAGUUUGAUGCUGAUGAAAUGGGUUAUGCAAUGAGUAGACUUGAGAUAGAAUCCGAGCUGUGCGAUGCUGGUAAAGACUUUUGUGGAGUUGGUAGUAGUAGCAGUGGUAGCCACAGAUCAAGUGAGCACUCGGCAGAUUUAGACCAUGAAAUCAGCCAGGUCACUAAGUUGAAGUCUUGUCCUCAUCAACGGUAUAGCCGUGAAGUCCCUGGGAGACAUCAGUUGCCUGUCUCCACUGUGAGGAUGUUGGCUGGUCGAGAAAGUAAUUUCUCCGGCAGAGGAAGGUUUUCCGCCGCCGAUUGUUGCCACAUGCUUAGCAGAUAUUUGCCCGUGAAGGGUCCUUGGCUUGUUGAUCAAAUGAACAGCCGAGCGUAUGUCUCUCAGUUUUCAACUGAUGGAUCUCUCUUUAUUGCUGGGUUUCAGGGAAGCCAUAUUCGGAUUUAUAAUGUAGAGAAAGGCUGGAAAGUUCAAAAGGACAUUCUUGCAAAAAGCUUGCGUUGGACUGUGUAUGCAAGCAUGUCACCUAUUGUUCACAUUGUCGAUGUUGGUUCUGGGACAACUGAGUCUCACGCAAAUGUUACGGAGAUCCAUGAUGGAUUAGACUUCUCUUCUGAUGAAGAUGGAGGGUACUCUUUUGGAAUAUUCUCUGUCAAAUUUUCAACUGAUGGACGAGAACUCGUUGCUGGGAGCAGUGAUGAUUCCAUUUAUGUUUAUGAUCUUGAAGCAAAUCGAGUUUCACUCCGAACUGUUGCACACACGUCUGAUGUAAAUACUGUGUGCUUUGCCGAUGAGAGUGGAAACCUGAUUUUAUCUGGAGGUGAUGAUAAUCUCUGCAAGGUGUGGGAUAGGCGUUGUUUUAUCGAUAAGCCAGCUGGUGUUCUGGUGGGACACCUCGAAGGUGUUACUUUUAUCGAUAGCCGUGGAGAUGGUCGCUAUUUCAUAUCAAAUGGCAAAGACCAAACCAUCAAACUGUGGGAUAUCAGAAAAAUGUCCUCAAGCGUACCUGCAAAGCAUGAGGUGCAGAGAAACUAUGAAUGGGACUACAGAUGGAUGGAUUACCCUACGGAGGCAAGAAACCUGAAGCACCCAUUGGAUCAGUCAGUGUCGACAUAUAAAGGUCACUCAGUGUUGCGUACUCUAAUCCGUUGCUACUUCUCUCCACUGCAUAGUACUGGCCAAAAGUACAUCUACACAGGAUCCAAUGACAGUUCCGUCUACAUAUAUGACUUGGUAAGUGGAGAUAAAGUGGCAGUGCUAAAGCACCAUAGCUCACCUGUAAGAGACUGUAACUGGCAUCCACAUUAUCCGACGCUUAUAAGCUCGUCGUGGGACGGAGAUCUUGUGAAAUGGGAAUUUCCGGGGAGCGGUGAGGCGCCGAUCAUGAGCAAGAAGAGGGUUCGAAGGAGACAUUUCUACUACUGA